GCUGACCGCAAGACUUUCCGCCAUUGUUAAGACAGACACUGAUGAGAGGCUUAGAGCUCCGAGGAGGAAGAAGAACACAGCAAGAAGAACCGAACAAUGGACAACGAGUCCAUCAUGAAGAAGGACAAGCUCGGGUUCGGUGGCAUCCUCGGACAGUCUCUCAAGAUCACAGCCACGAACCCCAAGUUCUUGAUCUUCACCCUCCUCACCUCCUUCCCGCUCUUCCUCUCCCUCCUGCUCUUCGAGUUCCUCCUCCAAGAAACCUUCUAUGAUUCAGCCCGCACACUGCUCUCCGAUGAAUCUCGGGACACAUUCUGCGCCGGAGGCUUCUGCGAUAUAUCUUCUGGCGGUCCCGUGAGUUGGAUGAAGACAUUUAUUCCGAAGCAUUUUCACCAGUUUGCCACACUGGGCUUCACAUACUUGAUCCUCGUUCACCCGCUGGACCUCCUAAAUACGAUCUUGAUCCUGCGCCACUCGUCGGCACUCUAUGCCGGGGAGACCCUGCAGAGCUUCAGGGGAUUCUUCCUGAACCCCCUAAAAGAUCUCGGCUUCGUAGGCCCUCUGAUCACUUCUGUGUAUGCGCUCUUGCUUUCGGCACUCGUCUCGCUUGGGUUAAUCUCGCUUGGGAUAAACUCCUACCAGUUCUUUUCACUGCUGUCCGGAGUACCUUUCUUGGCUUUGCUGAUGAAGUACGUCGAGUGGAGAUCGAUAUGGAAUGUCGGGAUCGUAAUCUCUGUUCUGGAGGAGAAGCACGGGGACAUCGCGAUAGGCGUGGCGGCAUACCUCAGCAAAGGGAGCCGGAGGCUCGGGUUCCUGCUGAUGCUUGUGUUCUUUCUGUGGCGCCUGUGCUUGAGGUCACUCUGCCUCUACUUGGUGUGGGGAAAGAGGGGGACCGGCACCGGAGUCGGGGCAACGGUCGCUCAAGUGCUCGGUGUCUGCUUGGGUAAUCUGAUCAAGUGGGUCGUGCUCAUGGUCUACUACUGUUACUGCAAGAAGAGGUUUCUCGAGAAAAAGAUCGACGUCGAGCACGGGAAAUCGGAUGUAUGUACAUAAAUAAACGGCACAAUCAUCUGAUUCAGUGGUGAACUAAUUAUGCCAAUUGCAGCUCGCAGAUGAAUUAGGUUUGCAUUAUAUUAUUUUCUCUUAAGACGACACCGGCUGCUGCGGACCAAUGUGCGGAUUCAAUCCUCCUUACUUUACCAGGGCAUUAUCGUUCUGUUCUUCAUAAACAAGUGAUGUUAGUGGCUCAAUUCAUCUA